AUGAUCAGUGCUACAGGUGUGCAAGUUCAUCAGGAAAAAAUAAGAACCAUUUUGGAUUGGCCACCACCACGAAAUCUCAUAGAUUUACGAGGAUUCUUCGGAUUAUGCAAUUAUUACAGAAGGUUUGUCAGAGGGUUUUCACAGCUAGGGGCAAUGUUGAUCGAUCUUACCAAAAAGGGGGCAUUCCAUUCAACAAAGGGGGCACAACAAGCAUUUGAGAAACUGAAAAAGAGUAAUGUUCCCAAAUCUCAUGACGUGCUUCAGGAAUGCCAAGAUAUAUUGAAAGCACUUAAGGAAAAUUUGCAAUGUGCUCAAAAUCAACAGAAAAUAUAUGUAGAGAAGAAGCAUGUUGAAUUUCACUUUGAAAUUGGGGAAUUGAAAGUUGGCGCAGUGACAUAUGAAUUGGCUUUACCUACCGAAAGAAGAAUACAUAAUGUAUUCCAUGUAUCUUGCCUCAAAAAAGCUUUGGGUCAACAAGUGACAAUAUCAGAGAACUUAGCACCAUUGAAUGAAGAAGGGAAGCUAGAGAUGAUACCCGAAGUGACUUUGGAAACCAGAGACCGGCAUUUGCGGAAUAGGACAAUCAGGGAAUACCUCAUUAAAUGGAAGAAUUUACCCUUGGAUGAUGCUACUUGGGAAAAUGAGCAGGUCCUUCAGUAUCUUGGAUUGCAGUUGCUUGUGGGCAAGCAACAUUGGGCAGGGGAGAUUGUAAUGUUCCCCAAUUAA